AUGUCAGACGACCGAUUUGCACGUCAGGACCGCUUCGAGCUUCCAUCAGAAUUUCUUCUGACUUCACCCUGCACUAGUAUAGUUCACCAUCUUUCGGGUCGCACUACUAUGGCUAUAACUGCAAAAAAUGAUUAUAUCAUAUAUUUACGUUUCUCAUGCGCUAAUGAUAAUAAAAUCAAAAGAUCAGAGAUUAAAAUUAUUUUCAUUACGCCUUUGAUAUUAACAAUAUCAAUGACUUGCCAUAGCAAUACACUCCUUGGUCCUGCAACUGGCUCUGUAUGCUUCCAUCGUAUCGGUUUCACGUCCUCUUUAACUCUCUCUCCGGAGUACUUUGCAAUUUUCCUUCACAGUACUUGUUCGCUAUCGGAUUCAUAG